GCGCUCGACUCGUCCCAGUGAGCCAGCUGUCCUCGGCUCGUCCCAGCCAGCCAGCGGUCCUCGCGUCGUCCCAGCAACCCAGCAGUCCUCAGCUCGCCCAGCGACCCAGCGACUGUCGCAAGCCGCUCGCAGCCAUGAAGCGUGGAGGGCCGGGCGGCUCGGACCAGGAAGAGGAGGAGCAGCCGCCGCCCAAGCGCAGCACGCGCUUCGUACGCAUUCUCACGGUGGUGGGCUACAUGAUCUGCGUCUCGUCGGCGGCCGUCAUGCUGUCGCUCUACUACAUCUUCCUGUGGGAUCCGUACGGUGGUGACGGGUCGCCCAGCGCGCUGCCGCUCGUGCAGGGGCGGCACAGCCUCGAGCUGGCCCCAGCCGCGGACGGUGCUGGCCACCAGAUGCAGCACGCCACCCUCGCCUAGGUCACAGCGCCCUUGGGUAGCCGAACAUACGGCACGCUAAUGGAAGCCCUUGGAAACCGACGGAAAGACGGUACCGGGCCGCUCAGACACCCGCCCUCCGCCGGCGUUUCAAAACGGGGCUUACGCGGUCCCGCGCGCGGUCAGCGGCUCUCGUACCAGGACAGACGGAAUCGCUCCUGUGACAUCUGCGGCUCGUGAUGUAGCAGCGCGCUUUGCCGUCAUCGAUAUGCACGUCGCGUGUCGAUGCAAGACGUUGCAGCCGUG